GCAGUAAAGAAAGCGCGGAAGUGGCUGCCAACCUGCUGCUUUAUUGUACGUAAACAGAGCAGUAGCCGCUAAUGGAUAAAACGGUGCUUUUCAACGUAAAGUCACACUAACGUUUCGUCUAUGCAACACCGAGGAAGUCGGUAAAUGUGAAAAUGGCGAAAGCUGUUCCCGCGGAGGCUUUCUUGUUGUACCUCUGGAGCCUCUUGCAGUUCAGUUGUGUGUCAGGUGAGCGCGUGGGGCAGGGGCGAGCUCUCAUUGUUUCAGCUGCUAACUAUAAUGACCACCUACGUUAACUUGACGUCAGUUUAAAAGAAAUGAUAUCAGACAUAUGUCAGCUCUUGUGGUACUUGUAAAAUCAUGUGUAGAUUCUAUAUUGGGCAGUGAGACAGUAACCUGAGGUUUCUGUGUCAUAGUUUCGAUUAACUUCCAUCCGCUGUCGCGGUUUCCCACAGUUUUGACGACAUAGCUAUUUACAACUCACGAGUCAGCAUGAUGUGUAUGUCUCUGUUUUUUUCCACUUUAGGUAUUAGGGUCAAUGAACUGCUGUAUUUCCGAGUCAUCAGUCCAGAGGAGAUAGGAUAUAUAUUCAGUGCUGCACCUGCCAAAGACUUUGGUGGACACUUCGUACGUGACCCUUCUACUUGUUGGCCAAAUAAUGCCCAAGCCACAGACACAUGUCUCCACUUAAUAUGAACCCUACCCUGUCUUUUUAUCCCCAGACAUCAUACUAUGAUGAGAUUUACCUGGUGCCAGCAAACCCAACAGAUGGCUGCACAGACCUGGAAGACAAAGAAAUAAUUCAGGGACAAGUCAUUUUGGUGGAAAGAGGGUAUGCAUGCAUGUUUAUUCACCUGUGGGGACACCCGUGUGCUGCUUUAUAAACACUAAAAAAGAGAAUAUGAAGCAUUUUAUAGAGCAUUUAUAAGUCAAAGUUGAUCACUUGGUGCAGUGGUUCUCAAGUCCAGUCCUUGAGGCCCACUGUCCUGCAUGUUUUGGAUGUUUCCCUGCUCCAACACACCUGAUUCAAAUGAUCAGCUCGUUAUUAAAGCUGCGUCCGAAUUGCCAAGUAGUAGUCGAAGUAGUAGUCGAAGUAGUAUCUAGCAUGUCCGAAUUGGCCACCGGAGCGAGUAGCAUGCUACUUCAGAUACUACUUCAGAUGCUAGACACGCCCACAUUGUAGGUUGGUCUCGGUGCAUCCUACGGGCAUGCUACUGACCCAAAAUGCACCGCGGGCUUCUUCUUCGUCCUCUUAAAAGUUGUAGAAGCGCAUGUGAUGCUAGCGCCACCAGCUGCUCUGCCUAUUUAAAAGUGUCGCGAACGCCGGCUGGCCACAGCAGCGCGCACCAUGUCGGAGCAGCAGCAGCAGCAGGCGGGACCGCAGCAGUACAGAUGUAAGUUUCAUGUAACUUCACACACUGUCCUAAAAAAUGUGCGGUUGUAUCUCUUUGUCAUGUCAUGGUGUCAUAUUUGCCCAAGUAAUCAUUUUAUGAGCAAAUAUGUGGCGACAUCAUGGAGGUAAAGCUCACUUAUUCCAUCAUUAAACUGCACAGCUGCAGUACUACAGCCAGGCCCGCAGAUGAGGAGCUUCAGUUACCACUGUCUGCACGGGCGCAGUACCUACUCUCUGCCUGCGGGGGUCGUCUUUCCCCACCGCUCGUCUAGUGUGUCCGAAUUGGGCCAACGUUUUUAGUAUGUAGGAGUAGGAUCUAGCAGUAGCACGUAGCAGUAGCAUGUAGUAUCCGAGCGGGCAGUUCGGACGCAGCAUAAGCCAUUACAGAGCUUGAUAACGAGCUAAUCAUUUGAAUCAGGUGUGUUGGAGCAGGGAAACAUCCAAAACAUGCAGGACAGGGGGCCUCGAGGACUGGACUUGAGAACCACUGACUUGGUGGAAAUUAAACACCCCGAUCUAGAUUUUUUUAAGCAGUAGUUUGUUUAUAUGUAAGAGUCUUUAUGUGAUUACACCAGCGGCCUGCAGGCUCUUAUGCAGGGUGUGAAAGUUAAAAUAUUGAUGUAGCGGCACAUGACAUUUUGAGUAACAUGGGUUGGGCAUUGCUAGGUAAAUAGAAGAUGGUAGCUUUGACUUCUAGCUCGUAUUACAAAAUUUAACUCCUUCAGUUGUUAACACAUCUUGGAUCAACUUCAGGGCAGGUCUUUGUGGUCUUUUUAAGGAAUCAAGAGGUUUUUUUGUUUGAUAUUCAGCUAGAAAAAAUCACAAAAGGUCUCCCACUUAUAUGACAAAAUGUGAUUAACUUUAUUUGUCUGUAGGGCUGACAGAAGCCCCAAAUGCAUCUUCUUGUGUUCUUGUGUGUAACAUUUAAAUGCAUUUUCUCUCAUUUCUUCUCUUUUGUAUGUCCUCCAGAGGUUGCUCCUUUGUUCAAAAAGCCAGAAAUGUGGAGGAAGCAGGAGGCAAAGCUGUUCUAAUUGCAGAUAAUGCAGCGGAUAAUGACAGCCAUUACCUUGAUAUGAUCACAGAUGGAAGUACCGCCAAACCAAGCAUACCUGCUCUGUUCCUGCUGGGACGCGACGGGUAAGACCAACUCUUUUAUUAAUACAAGCAUGAAUAAAAAAACCCUUCAUUCAUUGAUUUUUUUAAUCACUUUUCAUCACUUCAUGUUUGUGUCACAGAAUGAUGAUCAGACGAACUCUUCAGAGACAGGCGCUGCCGUGGGCUGUCAUUUCCAUCCCCGUCAAUGUUUCCUCUUUGGCCUCAUUCCCACUGAAGCAGCCCCCAUGGACACUGUGGUAGAAAUGUCGCACACCCACAACUUGUUCCACUUCCUCUUUCAGUGAACACUCCUUUUAUCAUGCAUAUUCUGUCAGCUUUGAAUAAUCUCUCACCUCUAGGGAAAUUCUUCGAUGGUGGUUAAGCAAAUGCACUUGUCUGAAAUGUGAACUAGUAGGACUGACCCAUGUACACACUAACCUUUGGAUUUAACUGAGCCUUUAAACCAGGCGUAGACACUGAAACUCAGCAAAAAUUUAACAUACUUAUUCCCAAAUAGAGUUGACAGAAUUAGAAAGUGUGUUUUACAAUAAAUAAUGAUUCCCAUGUUGUCACAGAAAAAGGUAUUGUGCCAGCUGCUCUUUUUAGCAGCAUACCAGAUUUUGUAAAUGUUAUUGAUAAGACUAACCUAUUCAAGAAAAACAGGUCUUAUUUUUUUACUGACAACUGAGCCUUUCAAGCAAAUCCAAUAUGAAACCUUUGAAAUCACCAAAGCAAGGAUUAAGGUCAACUAGUGCAAGUAUGAGUCAAACAUUUCCAAGGAACCUCCAGGAUUUACUUUGUGAAAACUGAACAAUAAUACAAGUAGUCAUAACUAGUUUUCUAAAAGGUGUUUUUGUUUUACUUAGCUGGGGAGUCAUGGUGGACCAUUGACUCUUGAAGCUUAUCAUACUCUUUAUAUUCAGUGUGGGGGUGUUGAGCUGUCAUUAGUUGCCUUUACAUGCAGUCAUUUUGGUAUUUUUUCAGCAGCAUCUAUCUUUUGAUGCCACGCUACCACCAUCUCUCCAUGCAGUGUUUCCUGGUACAUUUUGCUCGCCAGUUUUUCUCUUAAGCAGGCAGCUUAUUUCUUGUGAUACGUGAAAACGGCAUGUUUCCUCGAUGCACAUGCAUUGUACAGUCUGUCCUAAUAAGCUUGGUCAUAUUCAGUAGAUUUAUACGGACUCUCUAGAUGUGUUCUGAUUGGUAUUUGCAAAAUGUUAGCUAUAUUCAAUAUUGUUAUUUUGCACAUGGUUUAAAAGCAAAUAUCGCACACUCUUAGUUUUAUCACAGAAGCUACUCGCAGGUGAUUCAUCGGUCUGAAGUCAGUGCCUAAGCCUGCUGAAGUUGAUACCAAGUAAUAAAUAGACUGAAGCACACCCAUCCUUUCAAUUAACCAAACAGUUCAAGCUGUAAAUUCGUGCUUAUUUUCAUUUACAUUCAAGUUAAACUCUUAACAAAAAAGUAAUAUCAUUAACACUAUUUCUUGCAUAAUUGUGAAGUAUACGUUUCAUAACUUUCUUUAUCAGGUGACACUAAUUUAGAUUUCAAGACUAUAAGCAUUUUGUGGUAACUCCACUACUUAAACUGCAUUUAAAGCUUAUUUAUGAAGCUUUAUAUCAUUCUGUAUAAGUGGUUAAAAGCAAUCAUAAUAACUUAAAGCAAUAUUUAUGGAGUUUUAUAAGCAGUGAGUUAAUUGCCACAUGAACAUACAAUUCAUAACCCAUUUUACCUGAAUGUAAAACAAACAGCAUCUUUUGAAUUCUGAGUUACAUAACACAUUAUCACUCCCACAACUGUAUCCACUUACAAAAGUUCAUAGAGAGCUGUUCAAGUGUAUCAUAAAAAGUUCAAGUCCACAAUGCUCAAAUUGAAACAGGUGUUUUUAAUACUUAGAAUACAGUGUGACCUAAUGUGCUUUAAGUAAAGGGAAAUAUGAACUAGAAUAUAUGAUAAAUAAAUCAGCUGAGCAUUUUUGUUAACAGUGUUGCUGAUUGGAUGAAACACUGGAUCCAGUAAGUUCCGAAUUCACCUUUAACUUUGGAUAAUUGCCAUAGUAAAGUAGUUAUACCUAAUGGCAUACCUGAUCUCUCUCCAACAAAGAUUGGGUUAAUGGAUAAUCAAGUUAAAGGACUGAUAAUUUUACAUUCACUUUAUUAAGAUAGAAAAAAAGAUAUGCUACUUUUUACUGUUUAAACAAAAAGGGACAGCUCUUUUAAGGGGCCAUGUUUAGUUAAAAUCAAACUUUCUUUUGAAAGUCAAUACGAUAUAAAGAGUCUUGUUUGUAUGGUGAAUGAGUUCAUAUGUACUUUUAUAACUGGGUAAAGUUGUGGGAGUUAUGAUGUGUUAUGUAACUCAAAGGACACUGUUUGCUUUGCAUGAAGAUGUGAUGCAUUUUAAGUUGUACAUUCAUGAAGAACAUUUUUAAAGCACUUCAUAAACAUUGCUAUUAGUUGCUAUAAAUGCUCACAGUCACUUGUAAGAAUAUUCACAAACCUAAUGAUGCAUUUUAAGUGCUGAAUUCACAUUAAAAGUUUUUCUUAUCUCCUAGACUAUUGUUAGCAGUAAAACUUGAUAUUGACUUUGAAUGGCAUUGUCAUUUUUUUCUAUUUUAAAAGGUGCAUGAGAAUUCAUAAAUAUAAAAGAAACUUCCUAAAAAAUUUUUCAUCCUAGCUACUCUGUUGUCAUUAAAAUGAGCAAAUAGAUUUCAGCUCAGUAUGUGCUGUGUUUACAUCAACACUUAAACCUUAGUCUGGUGGUGUGACCUUCGCAGUUAACAGUUUUCCUUACCGUAAAUCUGUGAAUGUAAGUUGUGGGUGCCUUGCUUUCAUUGGAAUUCUCAAAUGUCAUUUUUUCUGAGUCAUUGUGGGAAUUUGACCAGGAAAUAAACAGUUUAACUUUCAUUUUUGGAUGUUGAUGUUUGAGCUAAAGAAGUGAAACCGUAACACUGGGAAUUUCCUUUCUGAGAGACUGACAAUGCUCAUGUGAGCUCAUGGAAAGUUAUUUUCUUUUCCUCAUGUGAAUAAAGCUUGAUCAGGAAUUGUUUUCCUAAAGGUCGUUGAACCUUACUGAUGCACACAUGUUACAUGAUUCACACUUGUGAAGGAUUGUGGAUGAUGACAGGGAGGGAAGUACCCAUACGCUGAUGAGAGCAGGUUAUGAAGAGAGUUGAAAUAUGAAAAACACCACAUCUGUUUGGAGCUUUUUAGCCGCCUUGCUAUUACUGCAGUGAACCUGCAUGUGUACUGGCUAAAGUGUUCCCUGAACUUGAAAAGACCACUAUAUUUUUAAAAUGCAUGUGUGACAAACAAAGCCAUGUAAAAUCCCACACACAGAUGCAUGAUUUUUUUCUUUAUAUACUGCAAUGUCCCUAAAAGAAAUCACACAUUAAUAAAGAGCCAAGACAUUUGAGUCUA